CACGUCCUCCGCCGCCACUACUGCUACCGACGCCGACAUUGGGCCGCCAGGGGUUGUCUCCAGAGUUUCUUCCGUCACCGCCGGACCUAACUCUUCCUCCGCAUCCCACUUGCUUCAAGCUUCUUCUUGGCCUGCUGCCAUCGCCGCCGCUGCCGCUGCCGCAAAUGGUGGCUCCCCCGCGCUCGACCUGAAACGCUCUUCUGAAUCACUCUACUAUCCAACCAUUUUGGGUAUCCCAAACACAGUUGGGCAAAGCGAAGCUUGGUAUUCUACAAACUCACUAGCUAAGCGCCCUAGAUAUGAAAGUGGAAGCAAUUUGCCUAUAUAUCCCCAGAGACCAGGAGAGAAGGAUUGUGCCCACUAUAUGCUUACAAGAACCUGUAAAUUUGGAGAUAGCUGCAAAUUUGACCAUCCUAUUUGGGUUCCUGACGGUGGAAUACCAGAUUGGAAAGAGAUUUCAAACACUGUUUCGAGUGAAACACUUCCUGAGAGAAUAGGAGAACCAGACUGUCCAUACUUUAUUAAAACUCAGAGAUGCAAGUUUGGUUCAAAGUGCAAGUUUAAUCAUCCAAGAUCUUCUGAAAAUGGUGAAAUUUCUGCCUUACCUGAGAGGCCAUCAGAGCCCCUCUGUGCGUUCUAUGUGAAGACUGGGAGAUGUAAAUUUGGUGCUACUUGUAGAUUCCAUCACCCGAAAGACAUCCAGAUUCUGACGUCUGAUGAACUGAGUUAUAAUGCUGAACAAACACAAGAAAAUUCCAUAAGGGAGGGAGCAACAGGAGAUACACAAUCUUUCUUGUCUCCACUAUUGCAUAAUAGCAAAGGACUUCCAGUAAGAAUGGGGGAAGUUGAUUGCCCAUUCUACAUGAAAACUGGAAGUUGCAAGUAUGGUGCUACAUGCCGCUACAACCAUCCUGACAGGAAUGCAAUUUAUCCGCCAGUUGCUACAUUUGGUUCUUCUAUGGUGACAUCUAUGGCUGCUAAUCUAAGUAUUGGAUCUAUAAAUCCUUCUGUACCUAUUUAUCAAGCAUAUGACCCAAGGUUGUCAAAUCCAAUGUCUCAACUUGGAGUGGCAGAAAUUAUGUAUCCUCAGCGUCCUGGACAGAUUGAAUGCGAUUUCUAUAUGAAAACUGGUGAGUGCAAAUUCGGGGAAAGAUGCAAGUUCCAUCACCCUCUUGACCGAUCAGCAACAUCAAGCAUUAAGCUCACUCCCGCAGGAUUACCUAGGAGAGAGGGUGUUAGCAUCUGUCCGUAUUACAUGAAAACUGGCACUUGCAAGUUUGGUGCGACCUGUAAGUUUGACCACCCGCCACCCGGAGAAGUUAUCGAGAUAGCAAAAUCGCAAGGAACAUCCGCAACUGACGGAGGAGAAGCAGAUUCAUGAAAAGACUUCUGGUUCUGCUCUGCACCAUCAAUGAGAUCUUGUAUGAAGUUUCACUUUGUAUUUUAUGAUUCUCUUUCUGCCUUUUGGGUUAUCGUUUCCUAGCAUGAUUCAAACUGCCAUGAUAGAAACAUGCUUUGCUUCUGUAAUCAGAAAACAAACACGUUUUGCUUCAUUUUGUUUAGUUUCUCCCCUCAUGGUUAUAAUUUGGUCUCUUAAUGGUCCGUUGACC